GAAGAGGCAGAAGAAUGGAGCACCAGUACUCGGGCGGAGGAGGAGGAGGAGGGAGCGGGAGCUGGAAUAUGAUCCCCAGCGUGCCGACCCACAGUAACCCAUCUACGCCAUCCAGUCAGGACCAUCUUUACCUCCAACAACACCAACACCAAUUUCAGCAGCAGCAACAACAACAGCGUCUCCUUCUCCAACAACAACAGCAACAGCAAAAUCAACAGCAGCAGCAGCAACAACAACAGCAUCAGUCUCUCGCCUCCCACUUCCAUCUCUUCCACUUGGUGGAGAAGUUAUCAGAUUCGGUUGAGACCGGGACUAGGGACCCGCAGUCUGAUGCAUUGAUUAGUGAUUUGAACAACCAUUUCGAGAAGUGCCAGCAGCUGUUGAACUCCAUAUCGGGAUCCAUUGCCACCAAGGCUAUGACGGUGGAGGGACAGAAGCGGAAGCUCGAAGAGAGCGAGCAGUUGUUAAAUCAGCGGAGGGACCUGAAUACUAAGUACAGAAAUUCUGUUGUUGACCUCCUCAAGUCUGAGCCUUAGCAAAUUGUGGUGUAGUCUUGUUGCAGUUUGAGCUAUGCACAACUGAAAUUCUGAAGGCAAGCUGGAAAAGUUCUGUUGUACAAGUACAACUUAAUUUUGGCAGAUAAGCUUUCUCAAGUUAUGGUUGUAUAGCGGUACUGAUUGAUUCUGUACCCAAGUACUACUUAAUUGUGGCACAUAAGCUUUGUCACCUUAUGGUUGUACAGCGGUACUGAUUCAUUCUGCAUCAGCUGGUUUUAGCUAAGAAAUAGUUGCAAUUUCCUCUGCUCCUUUUAUCUUUUGAACAAAUAAAUGGAAUUUGAUGGGUUCUCAACACUAUGUAUAAUGAAAUCCAAGCCCUUGGCUUUGGGAUGCACUUUGGUCACUUAUAAAUCUAGGGAGUUUUCUCUUUAUCUGUGUCUAUGAGUGAAUGGAAGAUUAGCUACAUUUUAUCAUCAAUUUCGUACAUAGUAAAACAAGGGCAGAACUGCAUUUGAAGUGUACUUCGUAAGAUGAACGAAGCUCAAGUCCCAACCCUUAAAAUAAGAUGCUUUGGUAUGCACCUCCUGGAUGUACUAUACACCAAAACCCCCUUCCGCGUUUGUUAAAUGGGUUUUACUUCUUCUGAAUCCUUGUUGCUGUCUUGCUCUAAGCAAUGA